AUUUACAAAUGGACUGCGGGCCCAAUAUGGCGAUCAUCGGAAGCAUGGUGGGGGUAACGAUGUGGCUUCUCUGAUUAUUUAGGACUCUAGUCAUGACGUAAAGAGACAUAUCAAACGUGAUUGGUUUUUACGAGCUCAACGGUUGUGGGUUGUGUUUCCUGAACACAUAAUCUCGAUGACGCAUCAGUCACAUCAGUUGAUAUCGCAUAAAUUCUAAAUUUUAUGAUAAUAUAAUAUAAUAAAAAGUCGAGUAAUAUAAUAGAUCUUUUUUAUUACACGUACGAUGUCGUCUGACAACGAAAACGCUCAACUUCAAGAGUAUAAUGAUGAUCCGCGAAUUCCUUGUCAAUACGGUACAAAGUGUUAUCAGAAAAAUCCGCAGCAUCACAGCAAGUACAAACACCCGCCAAAGGAAGAGAUGGUGAAACAAAGAGUUGAGAAAAUGAUUACUGGCGUAAAGAAAAAAAAUCUUAAAGAUGAUAAGAAGAGAAAAAGUCCACAGAGAAAAUUGCAAAAGAUAUACGAGUUCUGUCAAAAAAAUUUGCACGAUAUCUCGCCAAGUCCGGAGAGAAAGGAUGACAUUAGAAAUAGCAACAAAGAUAGCAAUAAAAACUUUAAUGCGAAAAUAGAAGCAUCGGAUAAAGAUGCGACAAUCGUGCAGACAUCAUCAAAGAAAUAUGAUCAUUCCCUUGAAUCGAUCAAGAGUAGUGCAACUGAAAAUACAUUAUCGACAUCCAAUGUCGAUACUGAAAAAAUUAUUAGGGAUCUAUUUCUGGUCGAGAUGCCAAUAGAUUUUUUUCAGUUUUAUGAAUUUUGUAAAACUAUAUCAAAAGAUAAUAAUCCUCUUCUGGCAUGUAAAUCUGUUUCUUUAAAACUUGUCGGUCCGUACGACGUGCUGGACGGUAAAAUAAAAGAUUCUGAAAGUGCGAGCGAUAAAGAAAAAUAUUUGAUACACUGGAGAUAUUAUUACGAUCCUCCAGAAUUUCAGACCAUUAUCAAAUGUGAUGGCAAGGAAGGAUUACAUUUUGGCUACUGGCGAGAUAGUGCUACAGAGAAACCUGUAUUCGUAGCAAAAAAUCGAGCAAAUGUAAAUUGCAUAAUCGAACCCGUUGCGGAAAAUAUAUUUGGUGCUGUUGACGCUUAUUUGCAAGAUAAAAUAAAAUCGUCCAAUCCUUUUGAGAAGACCAACAUAAUGCGUUUGCAUUCCCAACUAAAAAACUUUGCUAAACAUCAUGACAUAACUCUAGAGAAGAAUACCGUAAACAUGCGAUCAAGAGAGAGGAGAGUUGUAACACGAACUUUUCAUAAAGCAGGCAUUGUAGUCCCUUAUGAUAAGAAGACUCAGUUGGGUUAUAGAGAUUUGGCAGCAACAGACAACGAUUUGCAAAAGAUAUUAAAAGAGAUAGAGGAAUCUGACACUUUGGACGAAAGAAAAACGUCUUUCGUGAAACUCGAUGAAAUCGUAAGAUUGGCGACGAUAGCCGCGGACGAAUGCGACUUCGGCACUUGUUUGGAGUUGGGACACGAUCUCUUCUCAAAUGGCGGCAUUCAUAUACAAACAACAGUUUUACAAAUGUUAUCCAUUGCCUAUACUCAUUUACAAAGGCUGCAAUUUUUAAGGAUACUUAAAGCACACUUGAAAAGCAGAAAAAAAGGUUGCGAAUUAAGUGUAAUUUGAAAAAAAAAAACCUAGUUGGUUAUAUAUUUCUGAAAAAGAAGAAUAAUUAUAAUUUUUAUUUAUAUCGUGAUUCCAAUUCUCUCUUGAUUAUACCAGCUAUUCUAGAGUGUAUUCGAAUGCCUUUUCUACGAACAGAUGAUAAAUUUUUGCUUAAAAUUUGUAGAAAAAUUAGAAAUUUUCAAAAAAGAUUUUUAAUUUGUUAAUGUGGAUAAUAUGAUGCUUUUCAAAUGCCGAAAAAAAAAUUAGGAAAAAAAUGAUACUUAAUACUAUUUAAUAAUUGUUAUAAGAUUAUUUAUACGAAUUUAAAAAAAUAUAAUAAUUUUAAAAAAACUAUAAAACUGUUACAAUUAUACCUGUGGAAAACUGUGAUGCUAUAUAUUCUUCAUCAGAGAUUAUCUUUAUUUUGUGCUAUAUGUAUGCUUAUAAUGUAAGUUUAUCUACUUUUUUCUAAAAUUUUUAAUAAAUUUCAAAAUGUGUGUGUGCAUAAAAAAAGCACAAAAUAUCAUUAAAAAGAAGUGUCGUAAAAAAUAGAUAAUUUAAUGUAUUACAUAAAAAUCAGAUAAUUCAAUAAGACAAUCAAUGAAAAGUUCAAGCAGUUCCCUAUUCAAUUUGUGUGAAUGUAUUGUUACAAAAUCAUCACGUUUCGGCUUAAUAUUAUAUUUUGAAAAAAAUAUCGCCUCAUAUACUUUGCGUUGCGUAGACAAUAGAUAAGAAGCGAAGAUACUAGACCUUUUUUCAGCAAGAAGCUCUCUCGAGAAAAUCGCAUUCAAUUUAUUUCAAGCGUAAGAGCAGUUUUCAUCUUUGAUUUCGUCUCGAAACAUUUUGUAUUGGAUGGAUGACAACAAAUUAACAUUAUUCAUUUCGCGCGUUAAUUUUCUAUUUUGAGAAUUUAUCCAAAAAAUUAUUGUAAUGAAAAUAAUUCUCUCUGAUAAAAAAAAAAUAAAUAAAUAAAAGUUUGAUGUGUGUAAACUCAGCGAUUAUUUAAUUAAAUUUUUUAAUCCUUUAACGAUUAUAUUUUUUAAGACAAAUAUUUAAUAUAUACUCGAAUUUUUGCAUUUCGUAAUCUUAAAUGUCAUUUAAAUUAAAU